AUGACUCAUUUUGAUGAUUCUGAUGAAGACGAUGUCAAGGAAGAUGAUUCCGAUACCGAUGGUCCCGAUGCCGAUAGAGAUGAUGUCAAGAAAGAUGAUUCCGAUACCGAUGAUUCCGAUACCGAUGAUUCCGAUGCUGAUGGAGAUGAUGUCGACAAAGAUGAUCCCGACGCUGAUAGAGAUAAUGUUGAGGAAGAUGAUUCCGACACCGAUGAUUCCGAUGCCAAUGAUUCCGAUGCCGAUGGAGACGAUGCUGAUGGAGACGAUGUCGACAAAGAUGACCCCGAUGCCGAUAGAGACGAUGUCGAGGAAGAUGAUGUUGAUGAUGCCGAUGAAUAUGUGUUGGAAGCAAUACACGAGCUGCCAACCUUCAAUCCGUUCUCCAAUGUACAUCCUGAUUCGUCUCCCUUUCGGUUGAAAAUGUUAACAACCCCGUCCUUGUUUACCUCAAUCCAUGCAACAGGCAGGUCAUUUAUUUUGCCACAAGUAUCCACGUAUAAUCUAGAGUAA